AUCGCCUACCCCCCCUCAACUCUCUCUCCCUUACAUAAUCCCCACCAGCCACCAGGCCCCCACCAUCAUCAUCAAUUCAUCCCGCAGAUAAAAGCAGUCUUUCGAAGCUCCGAUUUCAGAACAGCGCCUCCGUCCUCCAUUUCCGGCGAUCGCCGAUCAUCUUUCCCGCCGCUUCAAACAUGGCUAAUGCUGCUUCUGGUAUUGCAGUACAUGAUGAGUGCAAGAUAAGGUUCCUGGAGCUGAAAGCCAAAAGAACAUACCGCUUCAUUGUUUUCAAGAUCGAGGAGAAGCAAAAGCAGGUUGUGGUGGAAAAGGUCGGGGAGCCAGCCCAAAGCUAUGAUGAGUUUGCUGCCAGCCUUCCUGCUAAUGAGUGCCGUUAUGCAGUGUAUGAUUUUGAUUUCGUCACCGAGGAGAACUGCCAGAAAAGCAGAAUUUUCUUCAUUGCAUGGUCUCCCGACACAUCGAGGGUUAGAAGCAAGAUGAUCUAUGCGAGCUCCAAAGAUAGGUUCAAGAGGGAGCUUGACGGAAUUCAGGUGGAGCUACAGGCAACUGAUCCUACCGAGAUGGGCCUCGACGUUAUUAGAAGCCGUGCCAGCUGAACAUCGACUGCAAGGCAUGCAACAACAGAGGUUUCAUCGAUCCUAUCCUUGUCACUUGAGUGUUUAUAGGUGUUCUGGGAGUUGAAGUUGGCUGAACAUAAUAUCAUCUAUUCCCAAUGCUUAGAAGUGCAGAAACUAUUCAUAUCAGACUACACCUGAAGUUUUCGGGUAUAUCAUGUGAUUUUGUAACUUAUCGCGGAGUGUGAGGGCCAUUAGGUAACUGUGCAGAGGUAGAUGAUGACUGCCUACAGUUCUGAUCAGGUCCUUUAAUUUGGUAUGCUCUCGCUGGAUUUGGGUUAAUGGUAUGGAAUUUGCUUUUAGAAGGCUUAUUAUGAGUUGCUGGGCCUCUCUAGUGGGCUGCCCCUCGUUGCAUCGAAUGCAAGUCAAUGAGGAUACCAGGCCUUCUCUUUG